GCUCAUGGCCUUUCCCGUUCCCAAUCAUCUCCCACGCAAGACUUUGCGUACAGAUGUGUCGUCCAAUAUCCUCUCCACAAUAUCUGAUACGAAUAGCAAGUCAUUAAACGCUGAGCUAGCUGCAGGAUGGGUCUCUGAACUGCAACUCGCCAUACAACAGACCAAAGACGGUAUAUGUGAUCGGAUUAAUGAGCAACUUCCCGAAUUCAAUCGACAGCUUGAUUCGUCUAGGUCUGUUCAGAUACGUCUCGGGGACCUGACUCGGAGCGUGGACAAGCUGUCAGAAUCCCUUGAGCGUCCCGAAGAUGGCACUCUUUCUACACUUCUUAGAACUUUAAGGAACCAUAAGGAUUUGGCACAGCAUGCUUCCGACGCCCUGGUCAUAUAUAAAGCUUUGUCGUAUUUGAGCCAGUGCCGCACAGGCUUCGAGAGUCUACGCGCGUCCGUCGCGAGUGGAAAGCUUCCAGAAGCUGUACAAAUAUCUGAAAAUGUCUCCAAGGCAUUGGACAGUGCUCCUAAGCCACUUGCAAAUGCGGCGGUCAUGACGGACAUGAAGAAUCAACUUCGAACGCUGAGGGACAGUAUUGAGGAACAACUAACUGAAGCUUAUGCAAGGAGCGUUAAAGUGUCGACGACUGAGCUGCGCAUCUGCCCGUCCGUCAAAGUUCGACAAUCUCAAGCUAUUAUCACGCUGCGGGACAUUCUAUCAUCUCUCACCUCUAAUUCGCUAGAAUCACUUCUCGCGUCGCUGCGUCGAGAUAUUAUUGCACAUUUCAUCAAUUUCCCGCUGCAGCAGCCAAUAUCUUCAAGUAUUUCGAACGCUCGCGAUGUCGAUGGGACGCCAUCUAUAUCUUUAUCUAUCUUUCCCCUUCCUCCAUCCCCCGGCUGCCGAAGUUCGACACCCUCUUACCUCGAAGAGCUACUCAAGUUCCUUCGUGAGAAUCUUUUUCCAGCCGUACCACCUUUAGCCUCCUCCUUCUCGCAUUCAUUCUAUAAACCGACAUCAAGCGCCCUUCUACGUGACGUCCUUAUUCCCUUCAUUCCGGCAUCCUUAUCUGACCUUCCACAAUUCCUGUCGCUCGUGCGCGACUGCGUUUACCUCGAACGCGACUACUUCAUAAACGGUGACGCUAUAGCCAGCCCCCUCGACAGUGAAGGCGAACUUCGGACUUGGGCCAAGGGUAUCGCGGGACAUUAUGGUCGAAAGCGCCGGGUGGAUUUACUAGCUCAGGCCAGGAAAAUAGUUCUGUCAAACGGGGAUGAACGCGUCGUUCGAGUGGAGGUGUCUCAGCCUCUUGAAGGAAGUGUUGUGCUACCUGGCCCAGAAGUUAUACCAGUACAAGGUGACAUCAAUACCAAAGAUGAGGCUGAGAACGGCUGGGACUUCGAGGAUGAAGUGCCUGCUGCUGAUUCAGCUCCAUCUACAAAUGGUAAAUCGCAUGCUGAGGAAGGUGGUCCAUCUGGUGAGGUGCCUGCAGAAGCCGAGGGAAAUGGAUGGGAUUUCGAUGACGCAGGUAAAGACACGUCUAAUCAAACCAAGGCGGAAAUUCAAGACGACUCUGACGCCUGGGGUUGGGGAGAUGAAGGCGAAGAUAGCACGCUUGCUACGGGUACGGAAGAUAGUGGUGACAAAACUGUUCAGACAACCAACGGGCACAGCAGAUCUACACAUCAAGAGGACUCUGACAGUUCAGCAUGGGAUUCAGCAUGGGAUGAAGCUGACCCUGUACCUCAAUUACCAUCCUCUACUGCACAACCGGUAAAAGCACCGAAGGUUGCAAAGCGUUUGGAGAAACUGACUGCGAAGGGGAAAGGGAAGACAACUGCCUCUCCAGCAUUAUCGUCCAACCCACCUUCAUCGGUAUUUUCAGCAUCAUCUACAUUGCCGCCUAGCGUCUCGUCUACAUCGCACACUUUUAGUUCACCUCAUUCCAGUUCUUCGUUCUCCGCUGUCGCUUCUCCCAUACAAAGUAAUCAUCCACCCCCGCUAAGCUCGCAUUCAGCAGCUUCACGAUCACCAGCACUUUCUCUUCCUCAGAAGCCUAAGGAGCCGGAAACUUAUCUCAUCUCUGGACGUAUUCAAGACCUUGUCCAGCUUAUCUCUGAAAUUCUUGACGAGGGAGGAACUACCGCAUCUUCAUCACUCUUCUCUGAUUUCCCAUUAUCAUCACCCGAGUCUAACAGCAGUGCUAGCACAUUCGUCUUGCAGACAGCACCCGCCGUGUUAGACUUAUACCGUGCUGUAUAUCCUAUCGCAUUCGCAGCCGAGCUUACAAGUUCUGCACGAGCUUUGCGUUUCGCAAAUGACUGCACGUAUUUACACGAAGAGGCUGCUCAACUCAAACUUGCAGCAGACAAUGCGGAUGUGGUACACGAACAGAUGCGCGAGGCAUUAGAUCGCUUACACGCACUCGGCGCGUGGUGGUAUGACGAGGGCAUCGAACGUGAAUGCGAGCGUGUACUACAAAUUCUAGCUCGCGCAGAGGGCUUCGCGGACACUGGUGACCAGGAACGAUUCGAUGAGUGCGAGGCUGUGAUGAGCGAGGUCUUACGAGAGGUGCGGACUUCGACGGCGGAGUGGAAGACGGUGUUGCCUCGCACGAGGUGGCUACGAGCUGCAGGGCGUAUCGUGGAGACGGUGUUGUCCCGUGUGUUGGAAGACAUACUUGCGUUACCGGAUAUCCCUGAACUGGAUUCGCGCCGACUGGGCGAGCUUUGUCGGAUACUGAACUCUCUUGAGGCGAUUUUUGUUGACGCGGACGAUCUGAAUGCGCCAUCAAUGAUCCUCGAUUAUGUCCCGUCCUGGCUCAAAUAUUCGUACCUCGCAGAGCUACUCGAAGCCUCCCUUGCGGAUCUGUCGUACCUAUUCGAUGAGGGUGCGUUGAUUGACUUUAGCGUGGACGAGUUGGUGAGACUUGUGCGUGCAUUGUUCGCGGAUACGCCGUUACGUGAUAAUGCGAUUGCGAAAUUACAACGUGGGCAUCCUGUUGUUGAUUCUUGAGGAGCUUUGAUGUGUUGUUCAUGCAUUCGUCUUUUCUUUUUCUCUUUCUUUCUGUCCAUUACUUCUUUUGCGUUGUUUGCGCUAUGGGACACGGUUGCAUACAUUACAUAUUUUAUUAUCCACGUCUUACCAUGUCUCUAUGCACCAUUUUCGCAUGCUCUUUUUUUUCUUUCAAUUUUACUUGCAUCCAUAUCUUUUCGUAUGACGAAAAGGGUUCUAUACUUCG